UUUUUUACAACUCCUAGAAGAAGAAGACGACCACAAAUCCAUCAUGGCUAAUUUAGGGAGAGUCGCAAUUGCCCUAAGACAUUUCCAACGAGUUUUCUACAGUAGAAUAUUCUCUCGUGGAGCACUUCGUCGUGGUGUUCUAGGGUCUUUUAUAUUUGGUGGCACCUUAGCACAUCACCACUACGGAAUCUCCUUGAUCCGUACUCCCGACAUUGUUCAUGCCAUUGAAGAAACCCCGCCUGUGACAGGGAAUACCAUCUCUCCAUCCUCUGCCCGACGACUGCGCUUCAACCAGUUUGCCUCCAUUGUGCAUGAGCAGGAACCCUACAUGACACCAAGGGAUUUUCUCUUCUCUGUUAUGCUCGAGAAUGUGGACCGCAAGCUGGAACAGAAAGUUUUGAACAAACAGGAAGUGGAUGAAAUGCUGGACAUUGCUUCAAAAGCUGAGGCUGGCAAGAACCUAUUCCGAAGCUUUGGAGAUAAUGGUUUGAUUUCCUAUACGGAAUACCUGUUUCUGCUGACUAUUCUGACAAAGCCGCACACAGGAUUUCAAAUUGCUUUCAAAAUGCUUGAUGUUGACGGGAACGAACAUGUGGAGAGAAAGGAAUUUUUGAAGCUGAAAAACAUCAUUGGGAAGAGAAAAGAAAAGGUUCAGAAGGAAAGUGCUCAUAAGCGUUUUUCAGAUGACGAUAGUGAUGAUGUGAACACAACCUUGCAAGCAUUCUUCUUUGGAAAAAUGGGAAAGUACAAGCUUCAGUACAAAGAGUUUUGCAGAUUCAUGGAAGACCUGCAAGCUGAAGUGCAGGAGAUGGAAUUCCUGCAAUUCUCCAAGGGAAUGGACACCAUGAGGAGAGAAGACUUUGCAGAAUGGCUCUUGUACUACACGAAUGCGGAGGACAAUGAAGCCUACUGGGAGAACAUGAGGAAGAGAAUUCCUGCAGGCCAGAGCAUUUCUUUUCAGGAGUUCAAAUCGUUUUGCCUCUUCACAAACAACCUGGAGGACUUUGCAUUUAGUGUGAAAAUGAUCAGUGAAGCCAACCGUCCAAUUGGAAUGGCGGAAUUCAAACGAGCAGUAAAAAUUGCAACGGGCAAUGAGCUUUCUGAAAAUGUGCUAGAUACAGUUUUCAAGAUAUUUGACCUUGAUGGUGAUAAUCGCCUCAGUCACAAAGAGUUCAUUGGAGUGAUGAAUGACAGAAUUCUCCGUGGGCUGAAGGUCAGGGGAACGUGAGGGCCAGUCAAUGGCAUCAAUGCCUUCCUCAUCCAGGAACUGCCUACACACUCUGGCCACAUGAGGCCGGGCAUUGUUCUGCGCCAGGAGGAACCCAGGGCCCACUGCACCAGCAUAAGGUGCAACAUCAGCAUGGUAUCACUGGCUACUGGCGGUGUGUAAAGAGAGAGACCCUAAAAGGUGCACAAGAGGUCUUCAGACAGACAGGAAGUCCCUUUUAAGUUAUAUUUACGGAAGCUGUGGUCUGCUGUGUUCAUAUCACUAUUGUUACCCUUCAUAAUGUAUACAUCUUGCAUGUAAAUUAUUGUUAACAUAUACUGUAUCAGUCAAAUGGUUGGACACACCUUUCCAUUUUCUGCUUUUUCUGAUUGAUGAAAAACAGAGUAAAUAAAACGUUCAAACAACUCACAUGUGGUCAAAGUGCAGAUUCUCAGCUUUUAUUUAAGCAUAUUUUAAUAUAUUUUGGUUUUUGUUGUAAUUGCAGUGCUUGUUAUAUGUAGUGUCCCCCCCCCCCAUUUCAAUGGUUGAGAUAAAAUAACAUAAUGGGAAAAAAAAUGGUUAAAUGUUUUGUCUAUUGUCGCACAUCCUUUGCAUGCUAUGACUUCCUAAAGUCUGUGACAUAUCAACAUCACCAGAGUCUGGAUAUCUUACUUUCAGGUCGUCUUACAACCAAUACGAAAACCUCUUUGCAUUUGAAUGGAUCUGGAUUGGGGGGUGGAAUGAGAUUCAGCUGUAAAUUAUGCUGAUACAGUAUGGAGCACAUUUGUUGGCUAAAUGGUUUUAAGUCAUCAAGGGUUCAAGGUAUCAAAUGAGCCUUAAACUAUUGUGCUGUUGCCAGAUAUGCAUUAGAUACUGCAAGGGUUGUUUCUCCUGAUAAUUUUCCUGAUGAGCUCCAUGGAAAAAUUAUUCGGGAGAAACAACCCCUGUAGUAUCAAACAUUGAAAUGGGGGCAAUAUAUGAAAAGUGCUGUAAUUAGUACAUGGUGAAACCAAAAUGUACAAAGAUACUCUUUAAUAAAAGGUGAGAAUCUGCACUUUGACCACAUGUGGAUUUGAAUGACAAACAGAGGAAAUAAAACGGCAAAAAAAACAAAAAACUUUUGACUGGUACUGUACAUAAACAUUGCUUGUGACAAAUUACAUUUCAUGAAUCCCUCAAAAUAGGACUUAUGCUUUCUGUAGAAACAAUUUUCGGUAACACUUUACAAUAAGGUAACAUGAACUGGCAUUAACUAAUGUAACUGGCAAACUACUAAGAAAUUAAUCUGUUUUUGUAUUUAUCAUUAAUUGAUGUUCACAAAUAUGUUUUAAUGCCAAUUCAUACUGGAAUUAAAAAAACAGCUAAUGUAUUUGUUAAUGGUUAACUGAUAAGUUUAACCAAUGGUUUGCUAAUGUAUACAAUCAAUAUUCAUGCAUUAGUAAUACUAAUACAUUAGUUAACAGAUGCAUUGAAAUGUUAAAAGAAUGCAUUUGUAUGUCAAUUCAUUCAUUGUAAUAACUCCAUUAUUUAUUGCCAAUCUAUGUACCUUAUAAUAAAGUCUGAGGCAAUUUUCUUUGCCUAGUUUUCUCCUUGUUUUCUUGUGAAAAUGAACCUUUUUUCUUUUUUAAUUGCUUUUUAUUUCUUGAAAUUCUAUGUCAUUGGAAGUGUCUCUUCAGUCAAAUCAACUGAAACAUUUAUGUUGGCAAUCUUUCAAUUCUGUGGCUGAUCUUUUGGAAAUGUUCAAAUUUUUACAAUAUACAAAUAAAGGAAACAUGCACCGGCUCCCAUCAA